AUGGCCGGUGACAAUGGCUCCCAAGGACCUGUGGUCGUGGGUAUCGCUGUGGCGUUUGCCGUCGUGACAUUCAUUGUCUUAGCGCUUCGUCUCUUUUCACGCAUUUACGUCUUGCGCAAGAUGGGCAUCGAUGACUAUCUUAUCAUUGCUGCUUGUUUAUUAUCGUGGGCGUUCAUUGCCGUCACUAUCAUCGCGGUUCAAAACGGACUGGGGAAACACGCCGCGGAUCUCGACCAGUCCAAGCUCGUGACCUACGCAUUUGUGGUCUGGCUGAGCUCCAUGUUCUAUCUUGCCACUCUCGGAUUCAUCAAAACUUCGGUCCUCUGUUUCUAUACUCGACUUGGAGAUCGUUACCUCACACGUCUCUCCUGGGUCAUGAUGGCAGUUAUCGGAGCGCAAGCUACUUCCUUUGUUCUCGUUGCAGCCUUCCAGUGCCAGACAAUCAGCAAGGCCUGGACCCAAACUGGACCCGGAAAAUGUGUCGACAUCAACCUCUUCUACCUCUGCAACGCUGCUCUCAACAUCGUCACCGAUGUGUUGACAUAUACACUACCAAUCAAGGUCAUCUUCAACCUACAGGUUCCCCAAAAGCAGAAAUUUGUUCUUGGUGUCAUUUUGUGCCUUGGUCUCUUUGCAUGCGUCUCUUCAAUCAUUCGAAUCACCUACAUCCCCUCCAUGCUUUAUGGAAAUGACCCUACUUAUGACAUCAGCGGUGCUAUGUAUUGGUCGGUGAUCGAGACCAAUAUCGGAAUCUUUGCCGCAUCGAUCCCGUCCUUCAAGGCGAUCGCCUCCCGCUUCCUGCCCCGCUUCAUUGGUGAAUACAGCAGUGGGAAGAAAUCUGGGCCCUGGACCAGCGAAAACACCAACCGACGGUAUGGAUCUGGCUUCAACAAGGUUACAGACCCCAACAACAUCACCCUUGCUACAAUCAAUGGCAAGGAAGACAUGACUAUGGGUACCAACAUUGGAGCGGCGAGCAACUCCAGUGAGGAGAGGAUCAUCCCCGACGGAAAGAUCUUCACCCAGACGGAGAUUGAAACUACCGUUGAAACAACCACUGACUACGGGGGUUACAACUCAUCGUUCGAGCGGGCUCGUCGUUGA